UCUAAGAGCAGAACAGCACUCGUAGAGCUCUUGGUACUCAGAACUGAGCAGACCCGUUCUUUGAGCUGGAAAUGAUGUGCAGUAGCAAGACUUUGUUCCUGGUUGCUUUGAUGUCAGUGCUGCUACUCCACCUCAGCAGCAAGUUGGAAGCAGCAAGCAGCUUUGACUGUUGCCUCCAAUACACAAAAGGCGUAAUUCGCACCAGCUUUAUUAUGGGCUUCACAGAGCAGUGGGCCAAUGAAGGUUGUGACAUCAAUGCUAUCAUCUUUCACACCAAAAAAAGAUUAUCCGUGUGUGCAAACCCACAGCAGAACUGGGUGAAGAGGGCAGUGCGCAUUCUCAGCAAAAAAGGCAAGAAGCUGUAAAAACUCAUGCGCUUUCGGAAUGAAAUUGGACACAGCCCAAGACAAAGAACACAGCUGGCAUGGGAGGUUUCAUGAGCACAUCGUUUAGCACUUACUGAUUUGUGCUUUAUUGGACUUGUCCAGUUGAUGAAGUUGAUCCAUAUUGCAUCAUAGUUUGCUUUGUUUAAGCAUCACACUAAAGCCAAGCUUGAUUUUAUGUUAAGUUAUUUAUAGCUGUAGGAUUUGUAUGUGUGUGUGUGUGUGUGUGUGUGUGUGUGUGUGUGUGUUUAGCUAUUUAUACUAAUUUCUCAUAAGCUACAGCUUAGUGCAACGUAUAACAUUACAUUUGGCGGAAUGCAAUUACAUCGGACUUCUUGCAGGUAGUAAGCUAUUUUAAAAGAUGAUUAAACUUUCCUUUGUGUGUAUAAUUUUGUUUUCUAAACUGCUGUUGUUACCUUAUAAAAGAGAAAGGUGAUUGU